CUGCCUUUACACACUUGUUCUGAUAAGAAGGACUCCAGCAAACCUUUACAUAUUUUUUCAGGUUUCAUCCAGAGGCCCAGAGGAUUCUGGGUAAUUCCUGCAUAGCUGUAGUGAGCCUGGAGCGUCUCAACUUCCAGUCUGUGUCUUUAUCAUGUCUGCAGCCUGUGGUGUCCCUGGUACGGUUGCCAUGCCAAACACAAGCUGAGCUCCACGAUGAAAUGUCUUUAAAUUGUCCUCAGCAGGUACAGAGAGGAAGUCUGGAUGCUUUAAUAUGUGGUUAUGAUAAGCAUAAAUUUCUGACUAUGAUUAUUUUACUCUUUUCUUUACAUCUUGCUCACAGAAUGGGUUCAGUCAAAAUGAGACAGAUAUUUUGGCGAUAAGAGAAAGAUCACCCCAACUGGCUGAUCUGAGUCUAACAAAAAUAACACCAUUAUCCUGGACUGAACCCUACUGUCCUUACAGCUCCAUGUCUGGAGAACCAGAGCAGGACUCAGGCUUUCACUGUGAAUCUAAUCCAGAUCAGCCUUUUAUCCUGUUUGACUCUGGAUCUGAAGACGGGAAAAGUGAUUCAGAAACAUUUUAUUUGGAUCCAGAUCCAGAGCAGACCAUGGUGAUCGAGUUGGACCCUGAAGCAGAAGCAGAUCAGGACCAAAGCCUCCAGCUGGAGGAUAAAGUUGAAACUAAAUGUGAAGCCGAUAUAAUGGAUGUUAAUCAAGAUCAGAGACCUGAUUUCUGCAGCUCACAGGAAAAAGAGGAGUUAUCCAUCCAGCAGCCAGAAGCUGGAGCUGGGACUGAGGAGAUGGAGAGUGAAGAUUUCUGUGCUGUUUGUCUGAAUGGAGGAGAUCUGCUCUGCUGUGACCGCUGCCCUAAAGUUUACCACUUGGCCUGUCACAUUCCUUCUCUGAUCUGCUUCCCUCUAGGUGACUGGGUUUGUACAAUGUGCAGAACGGACCAGGAGCCAGUGGAGGCCUACGACUGUGAGAACAUGCACUCCUGUGGGGGAAUCAAAGCGCCGUACACUUUGUCCAGCCUGGUCCAGAUGAGGUGUGAGAAGUUGACUCUGCUGUUGUACUGUCACAGACUCAGUGCUCCGUUCCAUGAACCCGUCAGCCCUCUGGCACGAAACUACUACCAGAUCAUCAAGAGGCCGAUCGACCUGUCAGUGAUCCGCAGGAAACUGGACAAGAGCAACACUCUCCACUACUUCACCGCCGAGCAAUUUGUAGAUGACGUCCUGCUGAUGUUCAAAAACUGCUCUACUUUCAAUUAUCCAGACUCAGAGGUGGCCCAGGCUGGUCAAAAUUUGGAGGUGUUUUUCUUGAGAAAACUGAAGGACAUUUUUCCUGACCAGACGUUCCCAUCAGCCAGCCAGGACAGAACAGAAAGAACUCGCCUCCAGUGGCUGAACAGGAAGAGGAAGGAGAACUACAGGAAAAAGAGAUGCAUGUUUAGUGGGAAAAAAUAUUACCUGUAAUUUACAUUUCAUUAGUUUUGUUAAACGAUCUUCCAUUUCAAGAAAAUAUGAUAAAAAUACAGUUUUGUGAAACUGCAGCAUUCACUUGUUUUUUUAAUUAUGAAAAACCAUAUGAGAAGAACUAAUAUUACGUCACCUUUCCGUCAUUUUCACAAUUUCAAGCAGAAGCAUUUUUCAAGGAGACAAUUGUUAUUUACGGUUUUGGAAUGAAAUUAGUCAUACGCAAAUUAUUAUUGCAUUAUUUCUGAUUGUCUGAGGAGUCACACACAUCAAACAUUCUCAUCUUUGUUUAGCAGAAUGGAAAGAUUUUCACAUGUAGGAAAGUAAAUACACUUUACAUAUGAACUGUAUGUUUUCAGCUUUGUUUCAAUUUGAACUUUAACUUUAUUAUUGAUUGGUUGAUGGUGAUUGUUGAUCACUAUUAUUAAAUCAGAGCCUCAGGGCUCCCAGAGUAGGUGGGAAGAGAUCUAUAAGUAUGAGUGUACUACAUGGUAAGAUAGUUUUCCUCCUUUUCAUAAAAUGUACUUGGUAGAGACACUGUAUAUUUGUGCCAGCAGAAACUUAGCAUGCUGUAUGUGCCUACAAUGUUAAUGACAAAUGUAUAUAAAUAUGUUUAGUUUUUUUUUUAGCAAGGUGAAUUUACUGUGGUGUGUUGUUCAUAUGUGGCUCUUCAGGUACAUGCUUUUCUUCCACACCCUUCCCCACCAGAGGGCAUGCUUGUAAGACUUUAUACUGAUAUCUACAUUAUGUUUUCCCUUUUUAAUAUACAUAAAAAUUACAGAAUCUUCAAUGGGACCUUUCAAGCUCAAGAGCUUUUUAUUGUUUGUAUGUUUUUUUUGCAUUUAUGUAAUUUAUAUGAUCUUUAUCAAGCAUUCUUCCUGCUGAUUUGGAGAUCGUCAGGGUUAAUUUUCCUAUAUAACAAUAAAAUGAA